AAAAAAAAAAAAAAACCAAGCAUAUAGAGACCACCAAACAAGAUCUACACGUCUCUGCAGGGAUUAUAGUUUAGUUCUUGGUAUGCAGCGUAAAGGUUGUUGUGACUUCAGGGUGUGUCGUGCGGGAGGGUCAGCUGCUGCUUGAAGUCAUUUCCAACCAUUAGGGUAUCCCGUCUAUAUAAACAAAGUCCCAUCACCGGUAUUCGACCACUCACCACCACGCAGAUCAACUUAUCCUGCUGUAUCGUCUCUUUUUAUUUUGACGGGAUGUCAAAGCCUUACAGCGAAUAUCAUCCCUACCCCUCUGCGCCAGGCGGGGCUGGGUACUAUCCCGACCACCAGUAUCAGAACCAUCCGUACCAACAUCCAGAAAUGCAAAGCCAAUACUUCCCUCAGGAACAGCAACACCACUAUCCGUAUAACCCGCAGAAUAAUAUGAGCUACGCAUCUGGGUAUUAUCAACAAGAUGCGCCGGCAGCGUCUGGGUUUUUUGGUCCGCCCGUCGCGGGGUUACAGCCCGAUGGCAGUUACCAGGGAAGCAAUGCAGAGUAUUAUAACCAACCCCCGCCCUACGAAAGCAGAUACUCCCCUCCACCUCGCGAUGAGACUCCCCGCCCACUAGACGAAAAGGAAGACCGAGAACCAGACGCACACGAGAGCCAGCGAAACCUAGGCGGAACCCUAAUCGGGGGCGCUACGGGGUACUAUCUCGGACGGAAGAGGUCGCAUGGUCUCCUGGGUGCAGUGGGCGGAGCGCUUUUGGGGAAUUUCAUUGGCGAGAAGUUGAAGGAUCGCGACGAUGAUAGUGAUAGUCAUAGUCAUGGGCAUAGACAUAGGCAUGGACAUGGACAUCACCAUCGUCACCGCCAUCACCAUGGAGAUCAUCAUGGGCAUCGACACGGUUCUAGUCAUGGUUCUAGUCAUGGUUCUAGUCAUGGUUCUAGUCAUGGUUCUAGGCAUGGUUCUAGGCAUGGUUCUAGUCAUGGGUCGAGCCAUGGGUCUGGUCACCAUAGCCAUCGGAGCCAUCGAAGCCAUCGCCAUCAUGGGAGUCAUUCUGGACAUAGUAAUCAUAGUGACAGUUCGUGGGGGAGUGGAUGGUAGCCAUGGCCGUGUUGGAGGUUAACUACAAACAGUCUGACUGCGGUUUAAUUUACGACUUGGAUUCUGAUAACUCUUUUUUGAUGAUUAUGAUGAUGAUCACAAUUGAUGACUGUCCAAUUAUGCCUAUUUUUGAUAAAGUUACACAAGCUUAGCAAUCUUAAACCCCUUCCUUGUGCAGAAGAUCAUACUGAGUAUAGAAAAUGUUGCGAUGGUGUUGCCCUUGCUUCGAAAGAACAAUCAAACCGCCGAUGCAUCGACACGUUCAUUUUAAUUCGAAGACAGAAGAUUCCAAAUAUGUUACAGAC